AAUGUUUACGGAUGAGCUAUCUCAUUGUGUAUGGCCAUAUUCCAUGCAAAAUACAAAGAGAAGAGUCGCCUUUUCAACUUAGCCCCGUGCACAAACGUGGAGCAAUUGUUCGUCACCAAAGGUUGUGGGAAUAUAUUCUGCGAAUAAUCUUCGCAUUCUACUUUUAUGUCCUUGCCGGAUCUACCAUUCUUAUUGACUCGCUGACACAUGAGUGUAAAAUAAGGAAUCACUGGUAAAGGAAUUUCUAGUGACUAGUCUGCCGCCUUUCCACUCCAUCAGCUUCCAUGGAAAACGCUCUUGAUUUGGAACUGAAAUGCUGUAUAUAAUAUACCGUUCGCAGUCUCCCACUCUCAUUUAUCAAUUGACAUGACGAUGGAUUAUUAGAGAAUCAAUAUCAUUCUCCAGCGACCUAUAAUCUUGUUUAACUGUUUGUACGUGAAUAUUUCGCAAAUAUUGAUCUUGGGAGGGAAAGGUUCGGUAUAGAACAGUACCAAUUUGUGUUUGGAGAAGUUCACAUCCAUUUGAGUCUGCUCAAGGCAAGGAUAUAUAUUUUAUACAUUUGAUUGAAGCUGCAUUGAACAAGAGUUAAACCAAUAAAAGCUUCUCAGAUAUCUAUACCGGAGCAGAUGGACGGUCUACAAAAUCCAGCCUUCGAUGGAAGUGAGUCCACCGCAGGAGGUUCGCCAUCCAAAACUCGCCCCGUCGGUGUAGUUCGGCCGGUACAAUCCAAUGGUGCAGGGGGUGACGCAGGGUCGUUGAGUCACGUCAAAGUUGAAGAUGGGGGCGAUGUGUCGACGUGCGGAUGGGGUCCAUUCAAGCCGAAAUGUUUGCAAUGUUGCAACAGGCCCGCUGGUUUCCUCGUCUUCGUGUGCAUAUUCGGUUUCGUUCAAGGGAUGACCGUCAAUGGCCUCGUCUACGUGGUCACCACCACGCUCGAACGCCGCUUCAACAUCCCCAGCAUCCGAUCGGGCUUCAUCUCCAGCUGCUACGACUUCGGGACGCUCAUCGUGGUCGCCUUCGUGACGUACUUCGGGGAGAGGGCCCACAAGCCGGUCUGGCUCGGCCUAGGUGCGCUGGGUUUCUCUUGCGGAUCGAUUCUCUUCACCGUGCCGCAUUACUUGACUGGCUUAUACCAGUUCGAGUCCGUUGACGUGCCGACAUGCGAUCUGAACAGCACGAUGUCGGGUGGGAGCGCAGAGCUCGAACCGGGACUCAGUCGUUACUACAUCGUCUUCAUCGUCGCCCAGCUCAUUCACGGCAUCAGCGCAUCGGGUUUAUAUACGCUGGGCUAUACGUACAUCGAUGAGAAUUCACCGGUUACCAGAGCGUCCAUCUAUGUAGGUAUCUUUCAGGCAUCCUCUUUAUUCGGUCCUGCCUGCGGAUAUCUGAUAGGAGGCCUUAUACUCGAAAUUUAUACUGACCUCGGUGUCGAUACGUCACAGUUAGGUAUUACUUCGGAAAGCCCCCUCUGGAUUGGAGCGUGGUGGACUGGGUUUAUUCUCACCGCCUCCAUCGCUUUCCUGGUCGCCUUCCCGCUCAUGGCCUUCCCGAGAUCGCUGCCAGGGAAGAAGAAAAAGGUGGAAGUGAUAUCACAGGCCCAGAAAGGUUCCGAGUUCCAACACCGAUCUGGACUCAAGAAUAACGUCAUGGACUUCCCGAAAGCGAUUUGGAACCUUAUCAAAAACCUGCCAUUUCUUUUCAUGAGUAUUGGAGUGAUUACUGAGUGGUUUCUUCUAACAAGCUUCGCAACGUUUGGACCAAAGUACCUCGAAACGCAGUUUAGCAUGACGGCCAGUGAUGCCGCUCUCUUAGCUGGUUAUGUCAUCAUCCCGGCUGGGUUGUCAGGGACCAUCGCCGGUGGCAUCAUCGUCUCCAAGCUGAAGCUUCACUUUAAGGGUAUGAUCAUCAUGGCUUUGGUCUGUCUCUUCAUCUCUUUACUCUCAAUACCAUCAUUCUUGAUCAGCUGUGACAAUCCCGCGAUGGCCGGCGUCACCGUACAGUACACCAACACUUCGCUGGUCUUCGAAGGCGGAGAGGCCGUCCUUGAUUCCGCGUGCAAUGCCGAAUGUGGAUGUGGAUCAGCGUUUGACCCAGUUUGUGGAAGCAACGGUGUCAUGUAUUACACGCCUUGUCACGCUGGUUGUGACGUCAUCAAUACAACUUCGAGUGUCAAGGCUUACAGUAACUGCUCCUGCAUUGAGGCCCCGGACAAUGGUCGGCCAUCCUCGGCCGUCUCAGGGAAAUGUCCACAGGAUUGUAACAAUCAAAUCCUAUUUAUCGUCCUGUUUUUCGUCAUGCUCGCUCUCACACUUAUGGCAACGGUACCGGUAACCAUGGCAACAAUGAGGUGUGUAUCUCAUGAGCAACGGACCUUUGCAUUGGGAUUCCAGUCCGUCUUAUUCAGAGCGUUUGGUACCGUCCCAAGUCCAGUAGUUUUCGGGGCCCUUAUCGACCAGACCUGCAUCCUUUGGGAAGAGGACGACAGCGGCGGGCGGCAAUGCUGGCAGUACGACAACGACGCUUUCAGCCGAACCUCACUCAUCCUCGCAAUGACUCUCCGGUGCGUCUCUCUCGUUUUCCUCGUCAUUUGUCUCUGCGUGUACAAGCCCGGCCCUAGCGGCCUGGACCCUGGAGCUGCCGAAGGGGAAACCGCCGUCGAGAGCGCGGAGGAAGCCGCGAGCGGGGAAACUCGGGAAAAAGAAAAUGGCUUCCAUACAAAAUUGUAGAGAUGCAGUUAAUGAGCAUGUGACAUGGUACUUGAACUACGACAUCCAAUAAAUUGGUAAACUUUUCUUUCAAUGAUCUAAUUGUUUCCCAUGGUGUGUGAAUUUUACAAUUUUACUAUGUACAGUCUGUAUCCUAUAUAGUUUAUAUAAAGAAGUCUAUUCACAGAGAAAACCAGGUGCAAAUUUGUUCUUUCGGCCACAGUUUACUUCUUAUAUCAACUGAGGUUGAAAAAAAAAA